AUGCAGCAUGGUCAGAAUUUUCAUUGUUAUUUUGCAAGUUCAAUUGCAAAAUCCUCCCCUUCACUAUCUGGUGAGAAGCAUUAUCAGAUUAAACAAACAGAAGCCAAUGUACUAAAAACAGUUGAAAAGAGAUCUCUUCUUCCUCGGAUGAUCUAUUUGUCCAUACACUCUGCUUCAGUCUCAGUUAAGGAAAAUGUUGAAGCCAAUAGGUCCUUCGUCAAUCCAAGUUUCUCAUUAGAGCUGAAUAUUUUACUUGAGCGCUCUGCCAAAAUCUUGGAAUUUCCCUUCGAAGAUGCAGUAGAAAUUGUUUUGGGGGUUUCAAGCGGUCGGAAGCCCUUGGAGGCAUUAAGUACAGCAGUUGUUGACUGGAUGAAUUUCGCCGUGUUUUUUAAUGCUUGGAACCUAAAUUCUUGUGAGAUAAGGCUUUCAGAAAAGACAGUUCUAGCUCUGGUACUUGGCAGUUGGCACCUUGUGAACUCGCUGACGAAGAAGUAUUUGCUAGAGAAGAUUGGAUCUACAGGUUCCCUGAUAUCUUCUCCGGGAAGUGAUUUUCCCAUUCUGGUGAAGUUGGUAACAGAACCCUUAGCCUGGCAUGGCCUAAUUAUCCAGUCUUGUGUGGUGGACCUGUAG